AUGAGUUUGCCGGUGCACUUGCGCGCUUCGGGAAGGUGCUGCUUCCCUCUCAGGCCAAGGCGCUCUACCGGACCACCGCCGACCAAGGCGGUAACGUGCGCGUGGAGACCUUCUUGGCCACCUUGUCGCUGCACUUCGCGCUCACGCACCCAACGCCCACUACGCCAGAGACGGCGUUCCUUGGAUGCUAUCUGCCGCGACAUCCUUUGUUUGGGCCGGGAGGAGGAGGGCCCAGGUGUGGCGGUUUUGCUGCGGCGCUUUUUCGAGCAUGCCGACCGAAGUGGUAACAACAACGGCUACUUGGAGCUCGACGAGCUCCUCCUGGCCUUGCGGACGCUGCCGAGCUGCCGGGGCUUGGGCGAGGAGGAGUUGGAGGCGGUGGGCAAGUUUGUGGACCUCAACGGCGACAAGCGAAUCAACUACGCAGAGCUGCUGCGAGCGCUCUCCGUCCGCCACUGCAAUGCGGAUCCGGGCCGUCGCGGCCCAAAAGCCCUGCUUGAGGACAUGCUCGAGGCCGUGCACAGAGUACUGCACUUCGACUUCGCGAAGCCACUGCGGAGCCUCUUGAGGCGCCUCUGCCCACGUGGCUGCACCCGGUGCACGCCAGCCAAAUUCAGGCAAGCCCUGGAAUCGCUGAAUGGUCAGGAGCCGCCGCGACUGAGCACUACUCAGCUGAGCUGCCUC